CUCCAUCUCUCCAUCUCUCCAUCUCUCCAUCUCUCCAUCUCUCCAUCUCUCCAUCUCUCCAUCUCUCCAUCUCUCCAUCUCUCACUUUACUCUUGAUCCUUCUUUUCAUCUCUCUUUCAACCCUGGAAACCCCUACAUCAUACAGUGCAACACCAAUAUUUUACUUUCAGACGCCAGUCCGCUGAUUUACGACAAAAUAACAACAAUGCUGCGAAAGGCGUUCAAGAAGGAGAAGGUGCCUGAAGACCUACUAGAGCAGGCGGGUGAGCUCACUCAGCUACCCAGAAAGGAUCUCAAAAAGGUUAUCAGGAUUCUUCUCAGAAGUGACACUGCGGAACAUGAGGAUAUGUACAUGAUCUUUCUAAAAGCAAGGGCGGAGGGAAUGUAUCACGGCAGAGACAGGCGGCGGGAAUGUCUCGCUAGGUUCCAAUGCCUUGUCAACAUCGACCGCGAAACUGCCCAGCAGACUCUUGCAAAUCUCAAGAAGCCAGGCAACAUUCUGCAGGCGCUCGAGAGUCUCAUGCAAAAGUCCAAGUUUACGGAGCAGGAUGGGAAGCGUGCCAUUCUCCAGUUUGUCUUGAACUGUUCACAAGCACGAGCAGCCAGAUGUUUCCAGACUUCACUAUCCAUUGCGGACAUGAUACAUGGUGCUCGUGAGACUCGCGAAGUCUCGGAACAAGCGUCUUUAGUCGCAUGGCAAGCAUACCUACUGCUCCUUGAGCCGGAAAAUGUGGAGCACAUUUGCGCACAGGAGGAAAUUGCGGUCAGUGAUACCGCCAGCCUCUAUGACAUCGUGGAGAGACGAGGAAUUACCCGCGCCAUCGUGCCCUUGUUGAGAGAAUGGAAGGAAAUAUACUUUCAAGAAGUCCAGGAUAUCAUCGACAGUGGAUAUGGGGAUAGUUUACAGGCUGCUCAGACUGAAUAUCUCACCCGGCUGCUCAUGAAAGAAUACAAGGUUGAUCGUGCACACGCAAAAAGCGAGCUAGAAGCGCAUCAUGGGAGCAUAGACGAAGCUGGCAAAGCCUGUAAGGCGCACGCGGAAUACGCAAGCAAGCGGCUCAAGGUUGAUCCUGUGAUUCCCACCCGCGACACGCAAAAUGCUCCCAAUGUCACACCGCAAACCCGCGUCAUUGCUGUUCUGGGCGUUGAUGAACCUUCGAGCGCCUCAAAGGCAGCAAGCCCAUCCCUAGGUGACGGGUGGAUGGUAUCCGAUUUCUACUUGUGGCUGCAUGUUCUCGACGGCAUGGGUAAAGCCCAAAAAUGGAUCACCUCGAUGUCUCCCGAUUAUCUUUUGCAAAAAUACGGCAAAGAAGACAAGGUGACGCUAGAAGUAAUUGAUGACGAUGAACCAGAAGUGACGAAGCCCGUGCGAACAAAAUGGGCUUCUGGGUUCAUCCAUGGGGAUCCGUUUGAAACCCGGAAAGUCGUUCUCGACGAGAACCUGUUACCUCAGGUACUGGCAAAGGUUACGAUCGGACCGAAAGGAGACGACCUGCGAGACUUCUUCAUGCAGCAACUAAAGAAUACGAUUGCUGAUGCCACAGAAUUUGGAGAUGACGUACUUAUCAUGAUUUUCUCACACGGCGAUUAUGAUUCUGCCGGUGGCUUAUGCCUCGGUGUUGAUCUGCUUACCGACGGCGACUGUGAACAAAAGUACCUGAAACCCAGCCAUAUCGCAUCCAUUCUUUCGGAAUUCCCAAGCGUCCGGACGACUAUGUUUAUGACAUCGUGUUUUUCCGGUCAUUGGGUUGAGACCACAGAUUUCAGCGGCAGAAAUUUGACAGCGACAAUCCUUGCAGCAGCAGAAACGGAACAGGAAUCAUUCGGUUUUGCAUGGUCGAAUUCGCAGAGACACGCUGGUGGGCUAUUUUCAUCGGCCGCAAUUUCCGAGCUCGUGAAAGAACCACCCUUUCUUCCCCCGGCUCCGGAUGAGGACACAUCCCGCGAGUAUCGGGAAUUGACGAUUGCCCUGGUAGCAGAAAUGCACCGGCUCUGUCUACCAGUUAACAUCGACUACGGUUACGGAUCCUCCCCGGUCUUUAGCGACCCAGAAUCGCAGGAAAAGUUUUGGAAAAGGACGGGCUACAGUCUGCACCACUACAAAGAGAACUACGACAAGUUACCCACGGCGUUGGCCUCUGAUCCCCACCCAAAGCGGGAUAGGAAAAAGUUUGAAGCAGGCUUCAUCGACGGUGACGAUCCGGAGAUUGUUGCCUGGAAGGAGCGCCAUCCCCUCGUCGUCGAUGAAGACUUCCCUGAAGCGACUGGUGGCUACGGAAGGACUGCCCGGGGUCUGGUUUCCCCCUGGUCUAUGAAGUACCUAAUGCGGCAGUACUCUAGUUCCAACCCGGGGCAUCAGACGAUUGAGCAUCAAGUGGUAUUCCGAACGAUCCGCGAAUACUACGAAGGCCUCUUAGACGUCCGCGGGAAGCUGCGCCUGCGCCGCGUGCUCAUCAAUCGGCUCCAAAUGAAUAAGAGAGCCAACCAGUAUGCCAAGCUCCUGGGACUGUACAGGAUUCCCAAUAUCGAGGAUUGGUUUCAGGCCCAGACAUCUCGGGCGUAUGAAUACUCCACCUUCCAAGAUUAUUCCCGCAAGGUAGCACAAUCUGGUAUCUUCCAUGAUGGAAAGAUAGGGCCCUAUUAUCGAAAACCGUCACAAUACCUCGCUGCCGCCAUGGCAAUUGCCGCUUACAGUGAAGAUGACGUGGAGGCUGCGAUUCGGAAAAUCUGGCAAGCGCGUCAUAGCAAGCAGCUAGAUGAUCCGAUAACGCUGAGCCUCAGGGAGAGUGGCCGCUACGUUCAGUCAAUCUCGAGUAUCAAGUCGCUGUUGCAGAAGCCCCGGAACAGACGUCCUGCGUUGUCCGAUGCUGAAUGGAGCGGACUCUCAUCGUCCGCGGCAAGACGAGUUCAGUAGUGUUAGUCAAUGCGAUGAAUUUGGGAUGAC